AUUCUCAAAAGUUCAGGAAAAACAAUUGAUCGAUUUUAUUUUAAAAAUGGAGUUUCAUUUUUUUGGGUUCACCUCAAAAGAAGUCAGAAGAUUAGCUUUUCAAUUGGCAGAGAAGUUGAAAAUUCCACGGAACUUUAAAAAUGAAAACGGAAUGACCGGAAAAGACUGGUUUCAUGGCUUCAUGAAACGCUAUCCGGAAUUAGAACUAAGAAAAACGGAAAGGACUUCGCAAGCUCGUGCAAAGAGAUUUCAUAAGGAGGAAGUCACAAAGUCUUAUAUAUAGGCGACUAAAGUCAUUUUUGAUCAACAACUAGAUGCAUCCAGAAAUUUUAAUUUAGACGAAACUGACAUCUCGACUGGAAGAUAAUACGAUGCUAAAGUAUGUCAACGCUGCGAACAGAUCCAUAUACGCCUUUGAGCUAGCGGAUCCACCAGACGAUCACACUGCAAUCCCUGAUGACGUAGGAGAUCGAGCCAAUGAGGCUCAAACCUCUUAUAACGCGACGUGCGGUGAGGAAAUUGGACAAUGUACCAUAUGCCUGGAGGAAUACAACGGAGAACUCAAAAAGCACGGUGGAAGCAACUGUAAUUUUAUCAUAUGCGACUCUUGUUCCGAGAACUACUUCAAGAACCAAGAGGAUUCUCACAAUUGCCCAGUGUGUUCUACAAGUGUAUCGGCGUUAUCUUUCGCAAAGAUAGACCAAACUGGAAGAUCAAGGCCCGCCAUUCGAAUAUUGAACGUUCCAAUAGUGUUGAGGCAUGACACGAUUGAAGCGACCAACAAUCGAAGAGGUAUGAAACUCUUUGGGUAUCCACAUUUAGUUAGACUGCCCUCCAGAGUUAAUGCUGUGGAUUUGUAUGAAGUGGUGAAGCGAGUUGUGCCGCAGGAAGGAGAAUAUACUGUACAUUUUGUGGACGGUCAGGGUCAUCAUUGCUCCCGGUGCAUGUACACUAAACACUGCACUGGUUGCAGGGUACCUGAUGCAGGCACAGUUAGUUUACAGACUGGGGAUACCCUGGCUUUGCGAUAUACAGAAAACAUUCCAAAAGUCGCAUUUCCGAAUGAUCAUACCAAUGUUACGAAGGAACGACCUCAUCAUCCCCUUUCGCUUUAUGAUUGUUUGCAAGCAUUUAGUCAAAGCGAAACAUUAGAUGAAUACAAUCCGUGGUUCUGUCCGAAGUGCGAAGUCAAUCAAUGUGCCACAAAAACUCUCAGCGUCCAUCGAUAUCCUAAGUUCCUUAUAGUUUAUCUUAAGAGAUUCGUGUUUCACGAAUGUAUCAGCAUGAAGCUGGAUGACAAGGUCACAUUUCCUCUUGCCGGCCUUAGUGUUGGAAAGCAUUUGUAUGACCUUUAUGCCUGCGUUUGUCAUUUUGGAGCAAUUGGUGUCACGCGGACCGCCCAACAAGAGUUAGAUCGGAAAAUAUUUCAGAGUGGUAACCUAGAGUCAAAAACAGAGUUAACCACGGUUUCCUACGAUGACAAAGUAGAAAUUAUCGCGGAUAUUCCUGUACUCCGUGGUUCCUCCGAUAACAGAGUAGACAUCGAGGAGGAAAUCUUGAAGAAAAUCGCCGAAAGGGAAAGGAACGACUACACUAAAUCUUUGUCAGAGUUAGAUUAG